AUGGAGAUGGAUACUCAAUCAGAGAAAACAACGAAUAUUGCCUCGUUAGAAUCAUUAGAUUCCUACAUUGAACAGCAGGAUAAUAAAGCGAACUUCAAGUAUGUAUCGAAUAUACCAGAUGUAUGUAAGGAGUAUCCAUGCAUACUGGGAAUUGACGAAGCCGGAAGAGGCCCUGUAUUAGGUCCUAUGGUAUACGGCUGUGCCUUUUGCCCAAUAAACGAACAAAUGAUACUGGAGCAAUUGGAAUGUGCUGAUUCUAAGGCCUUGAAUGAAGAAAAACGAGAUGUAAUAUUCUCCAAUAUCUGCAAAUCAAACAAAUCUGUCGGUUGGGCAGUCGAGGUGAUCUCUCCAAAUUCAAUUUGCAACAACAUGCUCAGUCGUUCCAAAUACUCCUUGAAUCAGGUGUCCAUGGAUUCUGCCAUAGAUCUGAUUAAAUUAGCAGCCAAAAGCCAAGUGAAAAUCGAGCAUAUAUUUGUAGAUACUGUGGGAAAACCGGAAAAGUACCAAGACUAUCUCAAGAGCCUGUUCCCAGAAUACCAGAUAACUGUAGCUAAGAAGGCUGAUUCAACUUAUCCCAUAGUAUCUGCUGCUAGUAUAUGCGCCAAAGUUGCUAGGGAUCAUGCCUUGCAAGUUUGGAAGUUUCCUGAAGGUUUGGAUGUGAACCAUACUCAAUUUGGCAGUGGCUAUCCAGGAGAUCCAGUGACAAAGAAAUUCUUGGUGGAUUACUGUGACCCUGUCUUUGGUUUUCCACAGCUGGUGAGGUUCAGUUGGUCCACUGCUGUGAAUGCUUUGAAAACUACUGCUUAUCAUGUGGAGUGGGAGGAGGUGAAUGAAACAGACAAAAAAUCCCCAGCUGCUAUUAACAAUACUUCUAUCACAUCAUUUUUCAAAAUGACCAACAAGCCUAAUAGGCCUACUGAAAGGGUGAGGCAUGAAUUUUUUGCACAGAGAUGUCUCAGUAGAAAGGUGGAGUUUUAG